GGCUUGAUUUCCACUUGCAUCAUCACAAGCGCCCUUCUUCUGGUCUUCGAAUCUUUCCGACCUUUUAGCGACGACAAUAGUCGCUGGAAUAAUCCGAUAACAUGGCACCUCGCCGUCGCCGUGGCGGCCGCGAUGGCUCCCAGGACGGCAACUCAUCAGAGACAGAUGCUCCCAAGAACCGUCCACCCAACACUGCUUUCCGCCAGCAACGAAUGCGCGCCUGGCAAUGCGUGCUCACGCCCAAACUUAUCGUCUCCAUUUUCACCGUCCUCGCCGCCAUCUAUCUUGGCUUUGGCGCCUACUUGACAUAUCUCGCCUUCACUGUUCGAGAUAUCAGUAUCGACUACACAGAUUGUCUCAGAAAUGCGCCCAGAGGCAAUGGCACAAAGGAACCGAUUCCGCCCGAUAACAUCAAGUCGCACUUCACGUCAAAAGCCCUGGCCGACCAUCCGAACCUAGACCCCAAGAAGAUGUCGACAUGGCAUGUUGAGGAGAAAAACGUAACCUUCGAGUGGAGCGGCGUCACGGCUCCAAGAAACAUUUGCGUUAUCUCAUUCCCUAUUCCCGAGGAACUCCCGGCACCCGUCAGCUUCUACUACCAUCUCGACAACUUCUACCAGAACCAUCGUCGCUAUGUUAACUCGUUCAACGCCAAGCAACUUCUGGGCGAUGCCGUAUCCAAGGAUGUUAUCGACGGCUCGACCUGCAAGCCCCUGGAUCUCGACCCUCGAGGAAGCGGAAAGGUCAUUUACCCGUGCGGCGUGGUGGCCAAUUCCAUGUUCAACGACACCUUCUCCAACCCCUACAACGAGCAAAACUCUACCGACUACGUCAUGUCCAACAAGGCCGGCGACAUCAGCUGGGAGGGAUUGAAGGACCUAUACGGCGAGACGAAGUACUCGCGGGCCGAUAUAGUGCCCCCACCCAACUGGGAGGCAGCCUGGCCCAACGGCUACACAAACGACACCAAGCUUCCCGACCUCAAGAACUGGGCCGACUUCCAGAACUGGAUGAUGCUCGCUGCCUCGCCCGACUUUUACAAGCUGGUGCGCAAGAACGAGCACGACGCCAUGAAGGCGGGCAACUACCGGAUUGAGAUUGUCGACAACUUCAACACCACCGUUUACAACGGACACAAGUCCAUUGUGCUCACCACCAUCACCGCCAUGGGCGCCCGCAACAUCUGGCCAGGGAUAAUAUUCCUCAUUGUCGGCGGCAUCUGCCUUAUUCUUGACAUCUACUUCGUCUUGUCUUUCUUCAUAUGGAAGCCUCGCAAGCUGGGCGACCCGUCGUACCUGUCGUGGAAUCAGCCUUCGGCCGCUCAGACUGGAUCGACGUGAAGCGAACAACCAGAACUCAAACCAAGUAAGACAAAACACACAAAGAACGAAGACAUAAUCUAGACCCUAAUUACGCCGUGAGAUGGAUGGAUGGUUGGAUGGAUGUGAUGAAAACUCUUACCCUGCGGGAUGAGGCUCGGACGGGGGCUGGCUAGCUGGCUGGUCGAAACAUGAAUUGAGAUGGAAGAGGCGGAAAGGGUGAGGAGGAGGAGACAAGGAGACAGAGAGAGAGAGGGCGGGAUUCCUGAUCCAACACGGAA